CGAGCAACGAGACAAGCGCUCUGGGAGACGAACAAACAACCUAAAAAGUGGAGGGCUAAUAUUAGCUGGGCGAACCUGCCGUCUGCCGUCCCGUCUGCCGCCCUCCAAGGAUCGACUUGUCGACGCCAUGGCCGACGACCCGCACAACACGAACGACAUCUCGGAACAUACCGAGCCCGCUGCCGCCGCAAAGGAGGACGCCGAGACGACCGCCGCGCGGCGAGAACUUAAGCAGACGACCAUCUCAGAGAAGCGGGGGCGGGAUGCCGUGCAGUUGUCACAGGAUGACAAGAGCGCUUCGGAGGACGAUGCGCCCCGAGCUAAGACGCGGCGGAUCACGCCACCGGCCGACCCGCGCCCGGGCAACGACGAUGCGCUGAAGGAACAGAUCUCGUCUCCCAAGAAGAAGCGCGCCCGCGAUGAGCUCGACGAGAACAAGGACGCGGCCCCGCUCGGGGAAACGUCCGACAAGGCUGCCGCGAACACAGCAACGGUCCAGGACCGGACCGACCGGUCUGAGCCAGAGAAGAAGCGACCACGAGACCGCCAAGCGAGCGCGUCUGCUGUGCAGGGCGGAAAGGAGGAAGUGGAGCCCCUCUCCGCCAGCACGUCGCCGAGAUCGAGCAUGGAGCAGACAGAAGGAAGGGAUUCGGCAACCGCCACGGCCAAGCCCGAUCAACCCAAGCAAACAUCUGCCGCGGCCUUCGCCAACUCGGGCUUCGCCAAACUCGCAGCCUCGUCGACCUCUCCGUUCGGGAGCCUUGGUGGUUCCGGGAAGCCCAGCCUGUUCAGCUCGUCGUCCGGGUCUUCUUCCCUCGGCGGCUCCCAGCCGGCCGCCCCCUCAUCACCGCCGAAACUCGGCUUCGGCGGAGCCUCCACGUCGUCCCCGUUCGCGGGGCUCAACGGGCAGGCCGGCGGGUCGGUAUUCAAGUCGAGCCCCUUCGCGAGCGCCUUCGGCGGCAGUGCCCUGUCCGGGCCGCGCCUCAACUUCGGCAAGCCCGGCGAGACCCUUAAGAGCGACAAGCCGGCCAAGCCGUUCGGCGCGCCGGACAGCGAUGCCGAGGAAGGUUCCGGAGAAGAGAGCAACGAAGACGAGGACACCAAGGGUGACGCCUCGUCCGACGACGAGGGCAAGGAGGACGACAAGGACAGAGAGGAUAGCAAGGGCGCUGACGAUAAGAAGAAGUUCAGGCUGCAAAAGGUCGUCGUCGACGAUGGCGAAGGCUCCGAAGCGACCCUCUUCUCGGUGCGGGCCAAGAUGUACGUCAUGGAGAAGGGCGUCGGGUGGAAAGAGCGGGGCGCGGGCAUGCUCAAGGUCAACGUGCCCAAGUCCACCGUCGAGCUGGACGCCAACGGCGCGCCCGACCCUUCGUCCUUCGACGCGUCCGUCCUGGCGGAUGAGCAAGGCGGCGGCAAGCCCAAACACGUGCGCCUCAUCAUGCGGCAGGACCACACCUUGCGCGUCAUCCUCAACACCGUCGUCCUGCCGGCCAUGAAGUUCCAGGUCACCAACAGGCUCAAGGCGUCGACCGUGCUCUUUACGGCGUUCGAAGACGGCCAGGCCAGGCAGGUGCAGAUGAAGAUGAGCGAGGCCAAUGCCACAGCAUUCUCGCAGCUUGUGGAGAUGUUGAAGAAACGGCUUGCUGACGUUUAGGAUGAGCCCUGGUGGCCUGCUUCGGCAUCGACACGCUUCCACAUCUGAUUACAACAGCCUAUAGCUCCUCUCCUAUUCGUGUUUUUUUUUUUUUCCUUUUGCAGGCUACUAUCUCCCGAAUCGCUCACCGUUUUUUGGGGAGGGUGUCGCGGCGGUUUUACC